AAAUUAUUGGGCAGAGUAAGAUAUAUGAAGUCAGUCAUAGAAUUACUUGCAGCCAACGUAUAUUAAGUUAAAUGUAUGUGUUGUUGGGUAAACUAAUUUGUUUAAAUCCACUGACGUUUUGAUGUGUAAUAAAAUUAAACGUGUGAUUCAAACAGUUGAUGUUUAAUUUGGGUGUGCACUCGAAAGUUUAAGAGCUACAUCUUUCCCGGAUGGAUUCGCAAUCUGUCCCUGUCAUUAGUAAAGCACGGGUGUACGCGGAUGUGCUUGCAGACCGUGGUCCAGAGUUUUGGAAUUACGAAAACUUCAACCCAGAAUGGCACGAUGCUGACGAUUACGAAAUUAUUCAGAAAGUUGGCCGCGGCAAAUAUAGCGAGGUGUUCGAGGCACUUCAAACUUCUUCUGACCAACGGGUCAUUAUCAAGAUUUUGAAACCAGUGAAGAUGAGGAAAAUCAAGCGGGAGAUCAAGAUAUUGCAAGAACUUCGGGGCGGAGUCAAUAUUAUACGACUGUUAGGUGUUAUCAACAUCAAUAUGAAUAACACUGCACUUAUAUUUGAGCAGGUGAAGCAAGCGGAUUUCAAACAUCUGUACUUCAAUUUGUCUGAGUUCGAUACGAGAUAUUACCUGUACGAAUUGCUUAAAGCUCUAAACUAUUGUCACAGCAAGGGCAUCAUGCAUCGCGACGUUAAGCCACACAACAUAAUGGUGGAUAAUAGCAUGAGGCGUUUGCGACUUAUCGAUUGGGGUUUGGCCGAGUUUUACCGACCAGGUCAAGAGUUUAAUGUCAGGGUUGCUAGUCGUUAUUUUAAGGGGCCCGAGCUGCUCGUCGAGUAUGGCUACUACGAUUACUCGCUGGACAUGUGGUCCUUGGGUUGCAUGUUUGCUUCGAUGAUAUUCCGCAAAGAGCCCUUCUUCAGCGGCAGCGAUAAUUACGAUCAGCUGGUGCGCAUUGUUAGAGUUUUGGGUAGCCAGGGCCUCGACAACUAUUUGACCAAAUACAACAUUCAUCUGAAUCCGCAGUUUAAGGAGAAUUUGGGGCACCACAGCAAAAAGAAGUGGGAUAGAUUCAUCAAAACCGAGAACGAGUAUUUGAUAAAUGAUGAGGCUUUGGAUUUCCUGGAUAAGUUGCUAAGAUAUGACCAUAUGGAGCGAAUCACGGCUAGAGAAGCUCUGGAGCAUCCUUAUUUCUCACCGGUGAUCCGUGCCGCCACUCACAAAAACCCAAUUAUUGAUAGUGGAUCUUCGGAUACACCGUAAUUAUCCUGCAAGCCUUACCUUUUUCAACACAUGGUACAAAUUUCAUGUUAGAUUAUAUUAUUUACGUGUUAUUAUCAUAUUUUUGUAUGUGCAUAUUUAAGGUAUCUUUAACUACAUAAACUAAUCACUGGCUAUUUGUCUGUCUCUUUAUAUAUUAACAUAAAAAUAGACUUUGUAUAUAUUUACAAUAAACUCUUUGAUCCAUUUCACAUUAAACAUAAACAAAACAGAGGAGAUUCAAAUAGGUGUCAAACAGUGUGUCAAAUCUAAAUGUACUUGAUAAAGUUGUUAUUAACACUUAAUUCAAUGUAAAUAUAAUAUACAAGAAUAAUUUUGUUGUUGCAGUAGUAAAGACUUUACAAACACUUUGCUAUAGUAAUUUGUUUUCACUUUCAAAAAAAUACACAUUUUAUCAAAAUUAAAAAAAAACAACAACUAAAAACUAACGAAAGAAGCUUACCAAUUAGCAAAUAUUUAAUACAUUUUCGUCAACGUCAACCUUCCAAUUAAUUGUUAUUAACAUAAUAUAAUCAAUCUUCUUUAUAAAUCUUUCUUUAAAGGCACUUAUAGACUUUUGUUUCUUUUUAUUUUGGCAGAGAAUACGUUAAGUUUACUUCGAUAUAUUUCAUUUAAUAAAUAAAAAAUAGGAUAAAAGUUAUAAAACUUUAACUUAUUUCUCUUUGUA